AUGCAGAAUGGUUCACUUCAGAAUUCCCAAAUGAUGUUAAGUGCUCAUGAUAUUGAUUGUUGGCUGUUUCCUAUCAUGCUGAUUCGGAACAUUGAUCAGUCUGCUGGAAUGUGUAAUGGAACUAGAUUGAUAGUGACUGCUUUGACACCUUAUAUCAUUGUUGCAACAGCUCUUUCCGGUUCUAAAACAGGUAAACCGGUUUAUAUUCCUAGACUUAGCUUGACUCCUUUUGACACUGGCCUUCCUUUCAAAUUCUCAAGGAGACAGUUCCCUAUUACUGUUUGUUUAGCUAUGACUAUAAAUAAGAGCCAAGGCCAAUAG